GGCGCAUGGGUGCGCCGUCGCCAUGGUAACCGCGGAAGCCAGGGGCUUGACGAGCGGUAAUUUUGGAGUUAAUGGAGCCAGACGGACCUCCAGAGUCAGAGAGUUCAGAAAGAUCAAUAUUUUCCUCACAGCAAGAAGAAGAUGAUGAAGAAGAAGAAGGUGAUGAUGAAGGAGAAUCGAAAGAACCAGAAGAAACAGGCACCCUUAAUCCUGUCUUACAACCUGCCCUCACAGGGGAUGUAGAAGGUUUGCAGAAGAUUUUUGAGGAUCCUGAGAACCCUCAUCAUGAACAGGCCAUGCAGCUACUCUUGGAAGAAGACAUCAUUGGGAGAAAUUUGUUGUAUGCAGCUUGCAUGGCUGGGCAAAGUGAUGUGAUUAGAGCUUUGGCAAAAUAUGGUGUGAAUCUGAACGAAAAAACCACCAGAGGUUACACACUCUUACACUGUGCUGCAGCCUGGGGUCGUUUGGAAACUUUGAAAGCACUUGUGGAAUUGGAUGUUGAUAUAGAAGCUUUGAACUUUCGGGAAGAAAGAGCUCGAGAUGUUGCUGCUCGGUAUUCCCAGACCGAGUGUGUUGAAUUCCUGGACUGGGCAGAUGCAAGGCUGACUCUGAAAAAAUAUAUUGCAAAGGUCUCUGCAGCUGUUACAGACACAGAAAAGGGACCAGGGAAGCUCUUUAAGGAAGACAAGAAUACCAUCCUCAGUGCAUGCCGUACAAAAAAUGAAUGGUUGGAAACCCAUUUGGAAGCUUCUGUCAGCGAGCUUUUGGAGCAGAAACAACAAUUGGAAGAUAUUGUGACUCCUAUCUUCACAAAAAUGGCAACACCGCGUCAAGUGAAAAGUGCCAAAUCUGUAGUCUAAGCCAUGGUCAGAAAAGAAGUCAAGAUCUUACCUUCUACUGAAUAUAUAUUUUGUAAAAAACCACACUUUCUUCUAAUAUUUAUAAAAGCAAACUUACUCAUGCCAACUGAAGUUAAGAAAAUACAUGUAGGGCUUUAUAAGAAUGUUUAGAUCAUAAAAGGUGAUGCAGUUUCCAGCUAGUUCAUUUGAGAUGCUCAGUCUUGGAAACCAGUCUGUGUGGAGAGACCCAUAUGGACAGAAACUGAGGCCCUAACCCACAGCCCUGUCUGAGCUUCAGCUAACAGUCACUGCUAGUGAGCCAUCUCGGAAGCAGAUCCUUCAAUCAAGCCACCACAGCCAAUGCAGUAUGGAGCCUUCUCUGUUGAGUCCUGCUAAAAUUGUAGAUGUCAGCUAAAUAAAUGAUUGUUGUUGUUUUAACCUA